AUGACGUUGGAAGAGCUUUAUAGAAGCGGAACACGGACGCCGACGACGGAACAGAUCAAGGAGAUAGCAUUUAAGCUACGUAAGUUUGGGAGAAUCGAAGGCAAGAACGUUUUCUAUUGGUUUCAAAACCACAAGGCUAGAGACAGACUAAAGCGACGUCGUCGUGAAGGAGAUGCCAAUAACAGCGGUCAUCAACCACAUACUGACGUCAAGGAUACAUCAGUUGAUCAGACAAAGAGCUGCCCAUCUUUCCCACACUCAAAGUCAAAGCCUGAGCCACAGCAUGAAUUAGUUCCGGCGAGUUACGAAAAAAACAACGAUACUAUUAAUGAAGAUCAUGGGACGACCGAAGAAUCUGAGAGAGCAUCGGAGGAUGGUAAGGACGCCACGUGGAGAAAUCUUGUUACUUGUUCGGUUACUCAAGAGCAAGGAAAUAUUGACAUUAUCCACGAAAAUGAAUAUAAUGUGCUCAACGAAGAUGGAGAAGAGGAAACGAGGGAGCUGCGAACUCUAAACCUCUUCCCGGUUAUGGAAACCCAAGAGAAAACCGUCCGGUUUACGGAUAAGAAGAUGAAUACAAAAGCAAACCAGGUGUGUUGCAACUAUUGUUACUACUACGAGUUCAUGCCUCUGAAGAACUGA